GGAGCUCGGUCUGGGGUGGCGCUUUCCUCCGCGAAGGCUCCUUUGAUAUUAAUAGUGUUGGUGUCUUGAAACUGACGUAAUGCGCGGAGAGUGAGGUCCUGACAAGCGAUAACAUUUCUGAUAAAGACCCGAUCUCAUUGCAAUCUCCAGCGUCCUCUUUUUCGCUGCUGCUCGGUGGCUCCGGACCUCGCGUCCUCCUGAUCGCUCUAUCGCCUUUGCCUUUUUUUUUUUUUUAAACAACAACAACAACAACAAAAAACCCCAACAACACCCCCUCCCCUCUCCCACCCGGCACCGGGCACAUCCUAGCUCUAUUUCCUUUCUCUUUCUCUCGCGCUCUCUUUUUUUCCUGGGGGGGGGGAGGGAGGGAAGGGAAAGGGGGGGAGGCAGGAAAGACCUUUUUCUCCCCCCCCCCCAAUAAUCCAAGAUCAACUCUGCAAACAACAGAAGACGGUUCAUGGCUCUGGCCGCCGCGCCACCAUCUUUCGGGCUGCGGAGGGUGUUCCUGACGAUUAAUCAACAGAUAUGGUCCGGAAAAAGAACCCCCCUCUGAGAAACGUUGCUAGUGAAGGCGAGGGUCAAACCCUGGAGCCAACAGCUACAGAGAGCAAGGUAUCUGGGAAGAACAAAGACUUGUCUGCAGAUCAGAUGUCAGAAAAUACAGAUCAGAGUGAUGUUGCAGAGUUGAACUCGAAGGAGGAACACAGCACGCAUGGCCAAGAGCCGUCUUCCAGCAGUAAGAAGGACUUGCAAAUCUCAGGCCUGAGUGAGAAGGCUGGCUUCAAUUAUGAAAGCCCCAGCAAGGGAGGGAACCUUGCCUCCUUCCCACAUGAUGAGGUAACAGACAGAAAUAUGUUGGCUUUCUCAUCUCCAGCUGCUGGGGGAGUCUGUGAGCCCUUGAAGUCUCCUCAAAGAGCAGAGGCAGAUGACCCUCAAGAUAUGGCCUGCACCCCAUCAGGGGAUUCAUUGGAGACAAAGGAAGAGCAUAAAAUGUCACCAAAGGCCACUGAGGAAACAGGGCCAGUGCAGAGCGGUCAAGCCAAUUGUCAAGGUUUGAGUCCAGUUUCCGUGGCCUCAAAAAACCCACAAGUGCCUUCAGAUGGGGGUGUUAGACUGAGUAAACCCAAAGGUGACUUACUGGUGAAUGACAACCCAGACCCGGCACCUCUCUCUCCAGAGCUUCAGGACUUUAAAUGCAAUAUCUGUGGAUACGGUUACUAUGGCAACGACCCCACAGAUCUGAUUAAGCACUUCCGAAAGUAUCACCUAGGACUGCAUAACCGCACCAGGCAGGAUGCUGAGCUGGACAGCAAAAUCUUGGCCCUUCAUAACAUGGUGCAGUUCAGCCAUUCCAAAGACUUCCAGAAGGCCAACCGGUCUGUGCUUUCUGGCGUGCUGCAGGAUCUCAGCUCUUCACGGCCCGCUUUACUAAACGGAACCUACGAUGUACAGGUCACAUCAGGAGGAACGUUCAUUGGCAUUGGACGGAAAACUCCAGAUUGCCAAGGCAACACCAAGUAUUUCCGCUGCAAAUUCUGCAAUUUCACUUAUAUGGGCAACUCAUCAACUGAGCUAGAACAGCAUUUUCUUCAGACUCACCCGAAUAAAAUCAAAGUGUCUCUCCCGUCCUCCGAGGGUGUGAAACCUUCAGAGAAAAACUCUAACAAAUCCAUCCCUGCGCUUCGAGCCAGUGACUCUGGGGAUGUGGGAAAGUGGCAGGACAAAAUGACAGUCAAAGCUGGAGAUGACACCCCUGUCGGCUACUCAGUGCCCAUCAAGCCCCUCGAUUCCUCACGACAGAAUGGUACAGAGGCCACCAGUUAUUACUGGUGUAAAUUUUGUAGUUUCAGCUGUGAGUCAUCUAGCUCCCUUAAGCUGCUAGAACAUUAUGGCAAGCAGCAUGGAGCAGUGCAGUCGGGCGGCCUUAAUCCAGAGUUGAAUGACAAGCUUCCCAGGGGCUCUGUCAUUAAUCAGAAUGAUCUAGCCAAAAGUGUAGAAGGAGAGCCAUUGACCAAGCCGGAAAAGGGCUUGAGUGGGGCUAAAAAGAAGGACUUCCCCAGCAAGGGAGCAGAGGAUAACAUGGUAACGAGCUAUAACUGUCAGUUCUGUGACUUUAGAUAUUCCAAAAGCCAUGGCCCUGAUGUGAUUGUAGUGGGUCCACUUCUCCGUCAUUAUCAGCAACUCCAUAACAUCCACAAGUGUACCAUUAAGCACUGUCCAUUCUGUCCCAGAGGCCUUUGCAGCCCAGAAAAGCACCUUGGAGAAAUUACUUAUCCGUUUGCUUGUAGAAAAAGUAAUUGUUCCCACUGUGCACUGUUGCUGUUGCACUUGUCUCCUGGGGUGGCCGGAAGUUCGAGAGUCAAACACCAAUGCCACCAGUGUUCCUUCUCUACCCCCGAUGUAGAUGUGCUCCUCUUUCACUAUGAGACCGUGCAUGAGUCCCAAGCAUCGGAUGUCAAACAAGAGGCAAACCACCUGCUAGGAUCUGACGGGCAGCAGGCUGUCAGGGACAGCAAGGAACACUCGUGCACCAAAUGCGACUUUAUAACCCAGGUGGAAGAAGAGAUCUCGAGACACUACAGGAGAGCACACAGCUGCUAUAAAUGUCGUCAGUGCAGUUUCACAGCUGCUGACACUCAGUCACUAUUGGAGCACUUCAACACAGUUCACUGCCAGGAACAGGAAAUCACUACUGCUAAUGGCGAAGAGGGUGGCCAUGCCAUACCCACCAUCAAAGAAGAGCCCAAAAUUGACCUCAAGGUCUACAGUCUGCUAAACCCAGACUCUAAAAUGGGAGAAACAGUUCCCGAGAGCAUUGUCAAGAGAGAGAAACUUGAUGACAAGGAAGGGCUGAAAGAUAAAAUCUGGACUGAGAAUUCAACUGAUGACCUUCGUGGUGUGGCUUGGAGAGGGGCAGACAUCCUACGGGGUAGUCCAUCCUACACUCAAGCAAGCUUAGGGCUCUUGACGCCUGUGUCGAGCUCCCAAGAGCAGACAAAGACUCUGAGGGACAGCCCCAAUGUUGAAGCUGCCCACCUGGCACGACCUAUGUAUGGCUUGGCAGUAGAUACCAAGGGCUUCCUGCAAGGGGCUCCUGCUGGCAGCGAGAAGUCUGCAUCUCUUACCCAGCAGUAUCCUGCCUCCGGAGAGAGCAAGACCAAGGAUGAAUCCCAGUCGCUGUUACGGAGGCGAAGAGGAUCUGGUGUUUUUUGUGCCAACUGCCUGACCACAAAGACCUCUCUCUGGCGAAAGAAUGCAAAUGGCGGCUAUGUAUGCAAUGCAUGUGGUCUCUACCAGAAACUUCACUCGACUCCCAGGCCUUUAAACAUCAUUAAACAAAACAACGGCGAGCAGAUUAUUAGAAGACGGACAAGAAAGCGACUUAACCCAGAGGCCCUUCAGGCUGAGCAGCUCAACAAACAGCAGAGGGGAAGUGGGGAGGAGCAGGUCAACGGAAGCCCCUUAGAGAGGAGGUCAGAAGAUCACUUAAGUGAAAGUCAUCCGAGAGAAAUCCCACUUCCGAGCCUGAGUAAAUACGAAGCCCAGGGUUCAUUGACUAAAAGCCAUUCUGCUCAGCAGCCAGUCGUGGUCAGUCAAACUCUGGAUAUCCACAAAAGGAUGCAGCCUUUGCACAUUCAGAUCAAAAGUCCUCAGGAAAGUACUGGAGAUCCAGGAAAUAGUUCAUCCGUAUCUGAUGGGAAAGGAAGUUCGGAAAGAGGCAGCCCCAUAGAAAAGUACAUGAGGCCUGCAAAACACCCCAACUAUUCUCCACCCGGCAGCCCCAUCGAAAAGUACCAAUACCCGCUUUUUGGAGUUCCUUUUGUACAUAAUGACUUCCAGAGUGAAGCUGAUUGGCUACGGUUCUGGAGUAAAUAUAAGCUCUCCGUUCCUGGGAAUCCGCACUACUUGAGUCAUGUGCCUGGCUUACCAAAUCCUUGCCAAAACUAUGUGCCUUAUCCCACCUUCAAUCUGCCUCCUCAUUUCUCAGCUGUUGGAUCAGACAAUGACAUUCCUCUAGAUUUGGCGAUCAAGCAUUCCAGACCUGGGCCAACUGCAAAUGGUGCCUCCAAGGAGAAAACCAAGGCACCACCAAAUGUAAAAAAUGAAGGUCCCUUGAAUGUAGUUAAGACGGAGAAAGUUGACAGAAGCACUCAAGAUGAACUUUCAACGAAAUGUGUGCACUGUGGCAUUGUUUUUCUGGAUGAAGUGAUGUAUGCUUUGCAUAUGAGUUGCCAUGGUGACAGUGGACCUUUCCAGUGCAGCAUAUGCCAGCAUCUUUGCACGGACAAAUAUGACUUCACAACUCAUAUCCAGAGGGGCCUGCAUAGGAACAAUGCACAAGCAGAAAAAAAUGGAAAACCUAAAGAGUAAAACCUUAGCACUUAGCACAAUUAAAUAGAAAUAGGUUUUCUUGAUGGGAAUUCAAUAGCUUGUAAUGUCUUAUGAAGACCUAUUAAAAAAAAUAAUUCAUAGAGCCUGCCUUAUCCAACAUAAAAUUCCUUUUUUAAAAAAAAAAAAAAUUUCUUUCUUUUGAUGAGUAGGUUACCAAGAUUUUAAAAUGAAACAUAUGGUCAGUGAGAAAGAAUGGAAUUGAUAGAUAAUUUAAAAAAAAAGAAAAGAAAAGAAAAGAAAAGAAAAGAAAAGAAAAGAAAAGAAAAGAAAGAAAAUCUAGAGUGAAAACACUCUUACCUAACGUAUACUGUGGAAUCUCCAUACAGAGGUCCACCAAAUUAUAGCUAUUUUGUUUGUAAAGAUAUAAAUGCCCUCUAGAAUUCGAAAGAGUUUACAUACUAUCAUAUGACAGCAGUAUUAGGCUGGCCAUUGGCCCAUCCAUUCAGAAAUCUGUAAUAGGUUGUCUACAUCUAAAAAUAUCAUAAAAUUCUAGCCAAACGAGAUGAAAAUGAAUCUCCAGGACAAUGGAAGAAAAAUAAUGGCACCUCUCAAAUUAGUCUCCUCUCAUCGACCAUGUUUCAUAUUUAGACCUCAAAAUGUGAACUGUGGUUAGGCUUGUUGAGCGAGCAGUAAGAAUCGUGACAGUUGGUGGCACAAUGUUUUUUUGGGCCAGCCCUGCCUGUACAUACACAUACACACCCUCUUUGAUAUUUUUGUCCUUUAGAUGGUCCAGUACUUGGUAGUCAUUUUGUUCGCAGUGUAGAUUCAUUUUGUUCAAAUAUAUUCAUUCUUAAAACAAUGUCAUCAGUGCUUAUGUAGUAACUUUAUUUUAGCCAGAUAUUUCUUUCUUGUUGAUGAUGAACCGGUUUGGAAUUUUUUAAACCUCCUGUUGGUCACUAAUCUCACUUGGCACAUUGUAACUAAAGCAAUCCCUUCACUUCAAAAGACUAGAUAAAUACAAAUGUCAGGCCAUGGCUUUAAUUUGCUGAGAACACAUGGUAUUUCUCUACAAGGUAACCUGCUGUAUUUAUUUAUUUUCUUUCGGUUAAAUAUAAUUUCCAAACUUUGUGGUCAGGCAGCAUGCAAGGUUACGUUACCACAGACUGACAGUUGGUAUAUGUACCAAUCAAUCCCUUCAUUAGAUUUAUACAGAUUUAGUUAAGUAGCAUUAAGUAGGCGUCUUAGAAGUAUGUCUUCAUAGUCCUUUUAAUACUUAAGGCUUUGUAAAAUCUAUCCAUGAAGGGAGAGCUCCUCGGCAUAACUGCUCAGGGAAAUAGGGCUAAAUAAUUGAACAUUAAAUAAUUGGUUUAAGGUGCUGUUAGUCGAGCCUCAAUGCUUGCUACAAGGAUGUAUGUACAAGGACUGACUUUAAUAAUUUGCAUUAUAUUGUCCCAACCAGUAGUUUAUUUUUUGCCACGGAGAUGUAGAAGAUAUUACAAGCUACUGGAUGCACUGUCAGAUUAACUUAUUUCAUUAAAGAAGUUGGGAGAACAAAUAGGAAAAAAAACUUAUUUUUCUAGUAAAUAUUAAUGUAUUACAUUUCAAAUAAUGGUGCCUGACAUAUUGAAUAAUUAUUUUCUACAGUGUACGUAUGCAACAAAGAUAUUCCAUCAUGCAUUAGAGUCAGUUCUGGCUCUGCCUAGCUGUUUACAUUUGCAAAUGUAGCAAACAAGGUAAUGAAGCAACUAUUUCUAUUGCAGUAGGUAUCUCUAGUGUGUAUGUGUGCGUGUGUGUAUGUGUGCAUUAAAGUUGUAAACGGUAACAUGAAACAAAGGAAGUUCUCAGUGUAAUGGUGUGGAAAACAAGAAGGAAAUGAAAAUAUUUUUAUGCCUACUUAGGAUACAAGGGUAGCACUAUUCAUUCCAAGUACUUUUAUUUUUAAUUUUAAGCUCUUAACUCCCAUUGUUAUGCUUAAGAUGAUAAACAUAUAUCCUCUUUUUAUUGCUUUGUCUAUGUUUCAGAUGAAACAUUUCAGAAAUUAUUUUGAUAAGUGUUGCUGGAAUCCGCAGCACGGAUGUUCUUAUUGCAUUCUGUAGUGGUGUUUGCACUCCAGUUUUACAUUAACUCGCAGUUGCUUUUGUAUUGUUGGGUUGGAUUGGGUCUGGCUUCUUUUCUCAGAUUCGGGAGUCUCAUUUCUUAGAGUUUGGAUGGCAGGCGGAGUUAACCAGUCUGUGACUGUUCCAGCGAAUGAAGUUAAAAUUACCUUCCCGAUGCUAUUUGUCCUCAUCUUCAUUCUUGCAUUUUUUUUUGUUGUUUAUUUUGUUUUUAAAAAAAAAAAAUGGAAAAAGAAAAGAAAAAAAAAAAGAAGAUCGAGAGAAAGAAAAUCAGGACUAAGUCCUCUGCUUUGGUUUCAUUGUUAAAGGACCCUGUUUUAAUCUCACCUGUCUGUGGCAUAGCUCAAAUGUUCACAAGAACUGAAAUAAAGAGGUGGAAUGAGGAGCUUUGACAUUCAAAUGACUUGAUAUAAUUUAUCUGUCUUAGGAUUUUGGUGGCUGCAUCUCAGAAUAUAGAGGGCAAUCUGAGAGAAGUCAAAGAUCUAAAAAGGAGAUUUCCCAAACAACAAUAUUUAACUUCCUUAGGAACAUGAAUAUUAAAGUGCACUGUACUGAUCCUCAAGGCUCAUUAUGUGUGGACUGCCCAAUUCAACAACAUACCAGAAAUUUGACCAACUUGGGCAAUAUUGCAUAUUACAUCUUUGAUAUCCUUAUGCAAUUUCUUCAGUGUGUUAGACACAAGUAGAGUUUUCAUUGUUGGCAUGUAUGCCUUUUGUUUUUUCAUUCCAUUUUUUUUUUUCAGUCAGACAUAGUAGCAAUGAUUAGCAUUGGAAAAUACAUAUCACUGUGCUUGGAAUAUUUAUGGUCAGUCUACUUUCAGUAGAUUAUCUUUUGGAUAGCAUUGGCAUAUUAGAUCUUAUUCCGUAUUCCUUUAUUAGAAAUUACUUUUAUUUUCCUGUUUGUUUAUGUUAUGCAUAUUUUGGUUGAGAAAAGUUGGGCCUUAAAAAAUGAUGGACAUUUAUAAUAACACUAAAAUACUCAUUUUUUGAUGACCUAAAGUUUUGAUUCCAUGUUUCAAAAUGUAUUACAAAAAUGAGUUCUAUUUUUAAAGGCAUUUGAAGACUUUUGUCUUAAAUUGUGAAGGAUUUUAAGUGAGGUAUUUAGGUACUUAACCUUUUUCGAAGGAAUUUCAAGAUGAUUUUGAAACUUUUCUCUCUUGGAAAAGUCUUCUGGAGAUACCAACUAAAGUUCUGUGCCAUUUCAACCCUGCCAUUCUUCUCAAGUCAUUUGUCACUUCUAUACUGAGCUUUGGCUUUAACACUGGGCCAGAACCAGCUCGUGCACAUUCUUCCUUUUCCUACAUCUCUCUCAUCUUCUCUCACCCCCAUGAAAGUACUGUUGUUUGGGAUAGAAAACCAUAAGGAGCCAGCCCACCUCAGAACAUUGUGGCCUGGGAGACACUACAUGACUCUAAGUACAUGAGAACGGGAAGGAGCUCACGGAGUUAAUAUAUUCUCUCUGUUGUUCAGAUGACAAAGAGUCGCCCCGUUCUCUCUACAUGACAUAUUGAGAUGGUGUUUUGUUUGUUUGUUUUGUUUUGUUAAAUCCACUUUUAAGAUAGUGACGUUCUGUUCUAAACUGUUCUCUUUUAGUAAAGGUAGAGCUUAGGAAACAAGCAUGGGGAUUCUUUUCUAAGAUAAUAAGGAGGAGAAAACAGUGAUUAUCUUCAAGAGCUUUUUGUGGAAGCCUGUGGUAGCACAUCCUGUUUAUGAUUGCACAUGUGCACAUAAUCUAUUAUGAUCUAAUGCAAAUACAGCUCCCAAAACAUUAAAUGUACAUACAUAUAUUUUAAUUGCCUGGGGAAAUUUUUUCUUAAUAAAUUGAAGAUGAUCCAUAUUGCUAUCAAAAUAAAUAUUACCCUCUUGCCUUGUGGCUGCAAAAUAUCACAAAGUGACCUGUCUUGAGACUUUUGUACUGUCUGCCUACCUAGUUAACAAACAUUAACAUCUUUUUAGAAGUGGGAAUAUCUGCCCUCUGGAGGUGGAAUUGUGGAGAGACUAUGCUGGUUGUCUGGUAGUCAUGCUGUCUCUAGGCCCUAGUCUAGCCUCUUACCCAUAGUUGAGAUCAAUUACACUCUGUCUUUGGGUUGAGGGCCGCACCAAAAAAAAAAAAAAAAUACUAUGUGACAUCUUUGUUUAGCUGGUAGGUAAAGGGUUUCUGACUUUGCUAGAUAAGUGGGGCUGAGGAUCUGUACACUUUGAAUAUGAAACUAAAUGUACUAACCAAAGAAACGUACUGUUAAGUGUACCAGGCUACUGAGUAUUAACUAACAGUUAACAGUGGUUAGAAAUAGACCCAUGGAGAGCAGAACUCUUAUUGAUUUGGCCAGUGCUGGGAUAGAUUAGCUUCUUUGCAGGGUGCUUACAUGUGGUCAUUGCUUGCUAGUUCAGCGUGCUCUCAUGUGUUUGGUCUCAUGAUCAUAGUGCAGCAGUUUCUCAAGCAUUUCCACUUACUUAGAGUCACUGGGCCCUCUGGAAGAUGCCAGGGCAGAGAUGUACCAAGGCAGGGAUGAAGAAGAGGUGAAAAUCCACAAUAACCCACAUAGGUAAAUGGAUAAAGUAUGCUCACAUAUUCUCUCGAAAGAAAUGUUAGCAUGGUGAGUUUAUGCUGUCCUGCACCCGAGCAAAGCAAGAAUAACAACCAUAAAGAUAAUGCUUAACCUUCCACAGACCCACAAGUCCCAAAACUGGAUCCCGGUUUUACCCCAUAAUUUCUUCAAUACAAUGACUGCAAAAUAGAAUUCUUUCUUUCUGCACCUCAGGUUCCUCAGCUGUAAAAUGGAAAAGUAUAUUAUUAAUAAUAAUAAUAUUAAAAAUAAUAAUGGUAAUGUAGUACUUGUUUGUAACGCACUUUGAGAUCCUUGGGUGGAGGGCACCAUAAGAGUGUCAAGUAUUAUUAUGUGGCCAAGGGGGUUAUUUAAAACUCUGGUUCCCAUGGGCCGAGAAAGUUUGGCGUCAUUUUUAUUAAAGAUGAGCUGUAAAUAUCUUUACUAAGCAGCCUAUAGUGUUGGCUAUGAAGAGGCAAGACUAUAACCAGGCUGAUAAGACCAUAGUUUUUUAAUGGCUACCAAAAAGGCACAUGUCACAAUAACAAAUGCUGAAUUCUUUAGGGUGUAAUAUUUGACAACCUGAUUGAUCUGGGGGGAGGGGAGGGGUGGAAAAACAUCUCAAAAUGCCAAUGUAAAACUAACAGCAAUAUUCACCAGCAGAAAAUUGUCUUUCAUAUGGAAUGAUUUCAUGUUGAUAAGAAAAAGCAUUCAAUUUGUAGUCCUGAUUUGAACACCAGACUGUGGGGUAUAAUAGUUCUGUUUUUACAACACAUGGAAUUUUUUUUUCAUUUUAUUUUAUUUUGUUUUCAUAGUGCAUGUUCAUUUCGACUCACAACAUGUUCUUGGUGUAUUUCUUAUGCAAACAAUCUUCAGGCAGCAACGAUGUCUGUUACAUCUAAACUUGAAUAAUAAAGUUUUACCACCAGUUAUCCAUGA